AGAAGAAGACGACCGUCGGCGUCGACACAACAAUGGCGGAUGCACUAGGGGAUGUACUUCAAGGCAGCUGGGAUCAGGAUAUGUCUGAUGCUGUUGACUUGGCAAGAUGUGAUCUGGACGUUGAUCAAGCUGGUAUUAUCCAGGUCCGAAACCUACCCCCACCAGUGCGGGCUAGAUUAUGGAUGACUGCGUUGAAUGUUUCUGGUAAAGGAGACAGUCUCUCCUCAUGGGAAGGGGGUUUGGACCUGCCAGAACAAACACUCAUUCACAGCUGCAGUCAGCAGAUCAUUGAUCAGCUGGGCACAGCAGUGGAUGAUGGACAGGACCUGGUAUCAGAUGUAGAGUCUGUAAUCACCCUUUACUGCAAGUCCAGAAAUGUAAACUUUACUCCAGAUCUCAGUUGGCAUCAUCUCCUCAAACCACUUCUGAGCUUACAGUUGCCCUGCAGAGACCUCUAUAAUUGCUUCUACACCAUCAUGAAUAAAUACAUCCCAAGAGACUGUGUUGUGAAGGGGAGGCCAUUUCAUCUAUUUAGACUCCUGCUGCAAUACCAUGAGCCUGAAUUAUGCUCAUUCCUGGAUACAAAAAAGAUCACCCCUGAUUCUUAUGCCAUCCACUGGCUGGGGAGUCUGUUUUCUAGCCACUGUCUCCCUGAGGUCACACAAGCAAUAUGGGAUGUUUACUUCCAACAAGCUGACCCCUUUCUCAUCUUCUUCCUCAUGCUCAUCAUCCUCAUCAAUGCCAAAGACAACAUUUUUGCCCAGGAAGAAAGUAAAGAGGAGAUCAUGAGAAUACUGGAACAGUCACCAUCAAUAUUAGAAGCAGAAGAUAUUGAAGACUUGUUUUCAUUAGCACAGUAUUACAAUAGCAAAACUCCACUUUCUCUCAGAAAGGAGAACCAUAAUUUGUUUGGCAGCAGUCUUGUGGCUCUGAAAGAAGAGGACAUAGACCCUAGUCAGGCGCUCUGUCUGCCUGUAUCUGUCCCUGAGAUCCUGCAGGCCCACGAAUUACAACCUGGUGUGAGGUUUUUUGUAGUUGACUGCCGUCCUGCAGAGCAGUACAAUGCUGGGCACCUCUCCACUGCCUUUCACCUGGACUCUGACCUGAUGCUUCAUAACCCUUCUGAGUUUGCCCUGUCAGUGAAGUCUCUUCUUGAGGCUCAAAAGCAGUCUCUGGAGUCAGCCUCAGUGGCCAGUGGAGAGCAUCUGUGUUUCAUGGGCAGUGGACGUGAAGAGGAGGAUAUGUACAUGAACAUGGUACUUGCUCACUUUCUACAGAAAAACAAAGAGUAUGUGAGCAUAGCAAAAGGUGGCUUUAUGGCUUUGCAGCAGCACCUGGCUGAUAUUAAUGUUGAAGGGUCGGAUAAUGUUUAUGUUCAUUGGAUUGUGAGCACCUCAGGAUCCCACAGCAGCUUCAGCUCAGCAGAUGGGGAAUUGAAUGCAGAUGACAAAGGAGUUAAAUCACUCGUCAACAAGAUGACUUUUGCUCUCAAGUCAAAGUCAGUAAAUGUUAAAGAGAAGGUCAUCAGCUUCAUUGAAAAUACUUCCACGCCUGUGGACAGGCACGUGAGCAGCAGUGAUCGGGUGGGAAAACUGUACCGAGGUGUGAAGCCAGUUUUCAGCAUUGGUGAUGAGGAAGAGUAUGACACAGAUGACAUUGACAGUACAUCAGUACCGGAUGAUGACAGGAAAGAGAUUGUCAAUAUUCAGACUUGGAUAAACAAACCAGAUGUAAAGCAUCAUAUUCCAUGCAACGAGGUUAAGGAGACUGGACACAUGUUCCCAAGUCAUCUGCUGAUCACUGCAACACACAUAUACUGUCUGAGAGAGGUUGAGUCCCGCAAAGGCUUUGCUUACAUUCAGUCCAGACAGGCCUUAAACUCUGUGGUGAAGAUCACUUCUAAAAAGAAGCACCCAGAGCUUAUCACGUUUAAGUUUGGCAAAAACAAUGCUGCAGGGGUGGGGAUAGUGGCUGUGGAGAGGUAUUUAAUCCCCAAUGCAGGUGAUGCCACUAAGGCCAUUAAACAGCAAAUUAUGAAAGUCCUGGAUGCUAUGGAGAGCUCUUAGUAAGGAAACAUCAGAGUGGCUUAAUUCUAUUCCUCCUGGCCAUAACCACAGCUCUACCAAAAUCAACCUGAAAGGAAAGAAAGCAGAGCAAUCCAACAACUACCCACCUGCCUCCUCUAACCCUUGAAGCAUAUCUCAGUGUGAUGACUCUGGGCCUGUUGCUAUGACAUUUGACAUGAUGACGACUUUGGACUUGAGGAUGUCAAUAUAUAUAAAAAAAUUGGUCUAUUUUGCUUUUGUUUUCUCUAUUUUGGGAAACUGAACCUAAUUUAUAUUUAUUAUUUCUCUGUAUCAUGCCUUAAUGACAAGCUGUAGCUUUUUAUAUAAGAUUCAGAACUCUUUAUCUAAUGUCGACUAUUAUUAUUUCUUUAGCCAUUAGAAGUUGUGAUAGAUAUUGCUGCAUUAUUUGUAACUAGAAAGAGUUUCUUAUUUAUCAGAGCAGUUUUCCAGCAGAGCUAAUUUACACGGAGACAGGUGAGAGGCAUCACAGUAAAGGUACAAUUUAUCUUUAUUAUUGAGACAGAAUGCUUUUCUACAUGUUGCUUGCAGACAAGAUGCAGUACCAAUAUGACAAAUACAUCCAAACAGUUGUUGUAUGUACAGAUUUGUGUGAGUCUUUUUUAACAUUCUUAUUUAACUAAUAUUUCUACCAAGUCUUCUAAAGAAAGUACAGAGUUGUUAAAUGUGUCAAAAGUGUACCAACAAAGUAUUGAUACUGAUGAGACUAGAUUCAUACACCAGGUUUACAUUUAAAACAAAAAUGUGUAUACAGACCAUUUACCAUAAUAAAUGAUUACAGUAUGAAAUAACAACACAUGUCAAAUGAAUGUCAGGAAAACUAUGGGUAAUAUUAGGCACAUGCUACAUACUUUGAGUGCAAGAAAAAAUCUGUAAUUUUGUCUCACUAUGCAAAUUCUGAACAUUACAUUUUAAGGCCGGCACAGUCUCUUAUAAAAAUGUUUUUAGCAAUCUUGUGCCUAAUGCUUUUGUUACGUAAAGACAUAUUUUCAAGUGACUAUUGAAAAUAUGAUUUUUCCCUACAAACACAGAAACAAUGCAACUUUUUUAUUUUUGGUUUAUAUCAAAACAAGCAAUAUAUACAAAAUAUCCUUAUUUAAAGUAUAAUUACGAUUUUUUUCUCAAUUGUCAAAUAAAAGUAAAAUUAAAGAAUGUAAAAAAAAAA